AUGGCUGCAAAUUUGGGAUCAUUGAGGCAGAGCUUCGUGGAGAAAAGCAAAGAGAGAUUGCUCUCUCGAAAAUACUACUCAGAUGAUGAUUCUUUUAUCAUCCGCGAAGGAUUAUUGCGCCGUCUGUACCGGAUCACGAGCGAGAGGUUCUCGAGGUGGUGGAGCCACGUGAAGGGGACCGCGAUCAGCGCCUACGAGAUGGGUAGAUCCGACCCGAGAAAGGUUAUUUUCGCGGCUAAGAUGGGCGCGGCCUUGUCUCUGGUCUCGGUGCUGAUUUUCUUCAAGGAGCCCUUGAGUUAUAUCGGGCAGUAUUCUAUCUGGGCUAUUCUCACUGUUGUCGUUGUGUUCGAGUUUAGCAUUGGGGCAACCUUAAAUAAAGGGUUUAAUCGAGCAUUAGGGACAUUAUCUGCUGGGGCAUUAGCUCUAGGGAUUGCAGAAUUGUCUAAAAUGGCUGGGGAACUCCAAGAAGUUGUGAUUGUUUUCAGCAUAUUCAUUGCAGGCAAGAUUACUCUUUUUACUAUUAGCCACUUGAAAUUAUAUCCGGCCAUGAAGCAGUAUGAGUACGGUUUUCGGGUUUUCCUGUUGACUUUUUGUAUAGUUCUUGUGUCCGGGACUUCACAUUUCGUUCAGACAGCUGUUUCUAGAUUGCUGCUAAUCGCAGUUGGGGCCGCUGUUUGUUUGCUCAUAAAUGUUUGUAUUUAUCCCAUUUGGGCUGGCGAGGAUUUGCAUAAACUCGUGGUGAAAAAUUUCAAGGGUGUCGCCACUUCUCUUGAAGAAUACACGAGAAUUCCUUCGAAGAUAUUACUUUAUCAGGCUUCAGAUGAUCCUCUGUACAAGGGAUACAGAACCGCAGUCGAGUCCACCAGCCAAGAAGAGUCUUUGUUAGGUUUUGCCAUUUGGGAACCACCUCACGGUCGUUACAAGAUGUUCAAUUAUCCGUGGAGUGAGUAUGUUAAAGUUAGUGGUGCCCUUAGGCAUUGUGCGUUUAUGGUGAUGGCAAUGCACGGAAGUAUACUUUCAGAAAUCCAGGCGUCAUCCGAGCUAAGGCAAGUCUUCAAAGAAGGCAUCCAAAGAGUCGGUACUGAGGGCGCAAAGGUCCUCCGCCAGCUAGGCGAAAAAGUCGAGAAAAUGGAAAAACUCUCCCCCACACAAGACCUCCUUCAAGAGGUCCACGAUGCAGCAGAGGAUCUCCAAAUGAUGAUCGACCAAAAAUCCUACCUUUUAGUAAAUGCCGAAAAUUGGGAGAACGAUAAAAGACCUGAGAAAUUCGCGGAUCCCGAGUUACUCCAAGAGCUCAAGGACAACGAGCAGAGCAAACAACAACAGCAAACCAUGAUAAACUCACUAAGCGAAUCGGUUCCUAACCUUAAAUUCCCCACAAACACAAAUAACGCGAGCGUGGUAAAUUUGUCGGUUUCACAGUGGGGCUCGGGAGAUGAUGUUUUGAGGCAACAAACAAUGUGGCCCUCGAGGCUUUCGCUCAUUGGAGAAACUAUUCUAAACGAGCGUGAGGUGAGAACGUACGAGAGUGCGAGUGCUCUAUCGCUUGCGACUUUUACUUCUUUGUUGAUUGAGUUUGUGGCGAGGUUGCAGAAUCUUGUGAACUCGUUUGAGGAGAUGAGUGAGAAGGCGAGGUUUCGAGAGGCGGUCGGGGGCUCGAGUGAGGCGAAACAGGAGAGUGGGGUGUGGACCCGGGUGUUGAGAACCGUGUGUUGCAAGGGCUAGUGACGUCAAGAUUUUGUUUAUUAUUAUUAUUAUU